GCGGGAGGGACAGAGCCAGGGAGAGACUGAGGGAGGGGACGAGUCUCCGGGCUCCAGUUACCGCCCCGCACGGCCCCCGCCCCGCGCCACUGAGUGCACGGCAGGGCCGGGGAGCGCCGCGGCCCCUUUAAGAGCCGGGCCCAGGCCGGCCCCAGGGCCGCAGGAGCCUAGAGCGCCGCGCGCCGCGGAGGAGUUGGGAUCCGGCGCAAAACUUUCCUCCCAACUCCGGCCCCGCGCGCCGCCGCCGCCGCCCACUCUAGCCCGGGGCCUGGGGCCGGCCGCCCGGCUGCCGCCGCUGCCGCCACCAGGGCCAGGGCGAGGGCCAGGCUGGGCCGGCAGUUUCGCUUUGGCGGGCGCUGAGCAGCUGCCUGGGCCGGGCCGGAGCAGGAGCAAGAGGGGCAUCCCGGUCCCGGGACCGCCGGGUCCCGGAGCCCCCGCCACCUGGGAGGUAGCCCUUCCCGCUGCUGCCUUCUCCCUGAUUCCCGCCCGCCGGCGGCCGCCGGUCCGCGGCGAAAGGGCGCUGCUCUGAGUUCCCGGCCCUUAGGGGCGCUGGGGAGAGGCGCCCGGGUCUCCGUGCCCGCCCUCGCAGGGCGCCCCCGGAAAGUGAGGGCUGUGUCCGCCGGCCUAGACACCUGUUCGGCCGGCCCGGCGUGGUCGCCGGCAGACCAGGAUGAAAGUGACCGUGUGCUUCGGUAAGACCGGCAUCGUGGUGCCCUGCAAGGAGGGCCAGCUGCACGUCCGUGAGCUCACGCAGCAGGCGCUGCAGCGAUACCUGAAGACCCGGGAGAAGGAUCCUGGUUACUGGGUGAAGAUUCAUCACUUAGAAUACACAGAUGGAGGGAUCCUAGAUCCAGAUGAUGUCCUGGCAGAUGUCGUUGAAGACAAAGAUAAGCUGAUUGCUGUGUUUGACGAACAAGAACCACUCCACAAGAUUGAGAGCCCCAGUGGAAACCCUGCAGGCCGGCAGAGCCCAGAUGCUUUUGAGACAGAAGUGGCUGCCCAGCUCGCUACGUUUAAACCAGUUGGUGGGGAAAUUGAAGUAACCCCUUCUGCUCUGAAAUUAGGCACUCCACUGCUGGUGAGGAGAAGCAGUGACCCUGCUCCAAGCCCACCCGCUGAUGCCCAGCCAAGCACUUCGCACCCCAGUGGCCAGAGUCUGAAACCUGUUAUUCCAAAUUCCACACAGGAAUUAGAAGAUGGAGAAGUUAUGAAUGGUGUGCAGACAGAACUACUGACAUCGCUGAAAACUAUGGAUGCAUUGAGUGUCAUGACAAAAACGGUGGAGAUUUCUGGAGAAGGAGGCCCCUUGGGAAUACAUGUAGUGCCCUUCUUUUCAUCUCUGAGUGGAAGGAUUCUAGGGCUCUUCAUUCGCGGCAUUGAGGAAAACAGCAGAUCCAAGCGAGAGGGACUCUUUCAUGAAAAUGAAUGUAUUGUGAAAAUCAACAACGUGGACCUCACAGACAAAACUUUUGCUCAGGCUCAGGACGUCUUCCGUCAGGCAAUGAAAUCUCCAAGUGUGCUCCUCCGUGUGCUUCCACCACAAAACCGGGAACAGUAUGAGAAAUCAGUUAUUGGACCUCUUCACAUUUUUGGUAACAACGAUGGUGCUUCAAGAACAAAAGUGCCACCUUCUGUCCAUGGGAAAUCCGGCCUCAAGAUGGUAAAUCCCACAGGAUCAAACGGUCCUAAAGAUGAUGCUUCAACUUCCCUGCAGCAAAGCAGGAGCCCCCGAGUGCCAAGGGUGGGAAGAAAGCCAUCUUCUCCCUCACUCUCCCCUCUCAUGGGCUUUGGCAGCAAGAAAAAUGCAAAGAAAAUUAAGAUUGACCUAAAGAAAGGCCCUGAAGGACUUGGUUUCACUGUGGUUACCAGAGAUUCUUCCAUACAUGGUCCUGGUCCCAUUUUUGUAAAAAAUAUUUUACCAAAGGGAGCAGCAAUAAAAGAUGGCCGUCUACAAUCAGGGGACAGAAUUUUGGAGGUAAAUGGCAGAGACAUCACUGGCCGAACUCAGGAAGAGCUUGUGGCCAUGCUGAGGAGCACCAAGCAGGGAGAGACUGCAUCACUGGUCAUCGCCCGCCAAGAAGGAACUUUUCUGCCCCGAGAACUGAAAGGAGAACCUGACUGCUAUGCGCUCUCCCUGGAGACAACUGAGCAGCUUACCUUCGAGAUCCCCCUAAAUGAUUCUGGUUCUGCUGGUCUUGGGGUGAGCCUGAAGGGGAACAAGUCUCGAGAAACUGGAACAGACUUGGGGAUUUUUAUCAAAUCCAUCAUCCAUGGAGGUGCUGCUUUUAAGGAUGGUCGUCUGCGGAUGAAUGACCAGCUGAUUGCAGUUAAUGGGGAAUCUCUUUUGGGAAAAUCCAACCAUGAAGCUAUGGAAACACUUAGGCGAUCAAUGUCCAUGGAAGGAAACAUACGAGGAAUGAUCCAGUUGGUGAUUCUGAGGAGGCCAGAGAGACCAGUGGAGGAGGCUGCUGAGUGUGGGGCAUUUUCUAAGCCAGGCUUCGAGAGCUGUCAAAACGCUCUAACCACCUCCAGGAGAAAUGAUAAUAGUCCCUCGCAUCCCUUUGGCACCUGUAGUCCACAAGACAAACAGAAAGAGUCCACACUUCCCAACGACAGAUGGGCUGAGAGCGAAGUUCCACCUUCCCCCACUCCACAUCCUGUUCUGGAACUGGGCCUUGAAGACUGCAGCCACAGCUCUGGGGUGGAUUCAGCUGUAUAUUUUCCAGAUCAGCACUUCAACUUUAGAUCUGUGACACCAGCCAGGCAGCCUGAAUCAAUGAAUCUGAAAGCCUCAAAGAGCAUGGACCUUGUGCCAGAUGAAAGCAAAGUCCGUUCAUUGGCUGAACACAAACCGGAAUCUCCAGGCAAAGAUUUUGGACCCACUCUGGGUUUGAAAAAGUCCAGCUCCUUGGAGAGCCUGCAGACAGCUGUUGCCGAGGUCAGGAAGAACGAACUUCCCUUCCACCGGCCCCGGACCCACAUGGUCCGAGGUCGAGGCUGCAACGAGAGCUUCCGAGCUGCCAUUGACAAAUCUUAUGACGGACCAGAGGAAUUUGAAGCUGAUGGUCUAUCUGAUAAGAGCUCUCACUCUGGCCAAGGAGCUCUGAAUUGUGAAUUGGCACCUCAGGGGAGCUCUGAGCUAGAGAAUGUGGAAAAUAAAGCCAGGAAAAUCAAAAAAACAAAAGAAAAGGAGAAGAAGAAGGAGAAGGGCAAAUUGAAAGUCAAGGAGAAGAAGCAGAAAGAGGGAAAUGAAGAUCCAGAAAGAAAAAUAAAGAGGAAGGGAUUUGGUGCCAUGCUGAGAUUUGGGAAGAAGAAAGAUGAUAAGGGUGGAAAGGCUGAGCAGAAAGGCCCCCUGAAGCGUGGUGGCCUGAGAGAGGAGGAGCUAGAAAAAAUGAAAGAAGAACGUGAGCGGAUUGGAGCAAAACACCAGGAGAUAAGGGAAAAGCAGGCAAGAGGUCUCAUUGAUUAUGCUACUGGUGCAAUUGGAUCACUGCAUGAUAUGGACGAUGAUGAAAUGGACCCCAACUAUGCCAGAGUGAACCACUUCCGGGAACCGUGUACAUCAGCAAAUGUCUAUAGGUCUCCAUCUCCCCCUCGGGCUGGACCACUGGGCUACCCUCGGGAUGGCCGGCCACUGUCUCCAGAGCGAGAUCACCUGGAGGGUCUCUAUGCCAAGGUCAACAAGCCAUACCAUCCACCAGUGCCCAUUGACAGUGGCCGUCCCAUGAGCGGAAGUGCUGACCGUAUCCAGAAGUUGCGGAAGGAGUAUUACCAGGCUCGGAGGGAAGGUUUUGCUUUAUAUGAGGAUGACGAAGGAAGAGCGAGACCUGAUUAUGACCUUCACUGGGUGUCUGGAAAGGGUCCAGAUGGGAAUCUACACAACCUCCACUUUGAGGGGAUGGAGAGACAGUAUGCCUCCUUACCCAGGGGAGGACCAGCAGAUCCUGUAGACUAUCUGACAGCAGCACCUCGAGGGCUCUACAAGGAAAGGGAGCUUCCAUUUUACCCAGGGGCUCAUCCUGUGCAUCCUCCCAAAGGGAGCUAUCCCCGCCCCCCAGAUCUGAGGCUCACAGAUCUCCGGUAUCCCCAGUAUUACCCACCCCCACCAGUCCCCCAGCACAAAGGACCCUUCAGACAAGACGUUCCGCCUUCCCCUCCUCAGCACCACAGAGUACCAGCCUACCAGGAAAUGGGCAGACCAGGGCCCCGAGGGGGCAGCCCAGAUCAGUAUCCAUACCGAACCCAGGAUCCUCGGCAGAAGAACCCCAUGACGGCAGCCGUGUAGCUGAAUACCACUAAGCUCAGCCCAGCAAGGAAGUCAUCCAACAUCACCUUUGUUCUUCCUACCCAUUAAGGCCUUCUUCCUGUUAAGAAUUCUGCGUGGUACAGGUUAGGUUUUUCUCCCUGAGGUUGCAACACCUGGUUGCUAAUCAGAGAGGAAAAAUGAGACAGGAGUUUGGGAAGGAAAUCAGAAGGCAGAGGAGGGAUGGGGCCCUAAAAAAAUACUGCCUGAUAUAUGAAAUAAUUUUAGAGUUUGUUCAGUUCACCAAGAGUGGUAACUGAACAGACAGCUAACAGUGUAGAUCUACAACAUGCCACCUCCCUGGAGUACACACACACCCCAUAGAGUUGGCAGCAUGCGUCCAGUCUCUGCCCAGGAUCAUCAUCCAAUCAGAGGCUAAGCUUCAGCCACUUUAUUAGAGUUAAGUCUGUGAAGAGUGGCUGUACAUAAUGGGCAUCCUAAAUGAGUAGUUUUUUCACUGAGAAGACAACCGCAGCAAACAUGAGGAGUGAUCUCCUUAAAAUGCUUUAUACGAGAGGAGGACUACAUUUAUUUGUAGAAUUUCUCAGGUUCUCGGUACCACUCAUUUGGUAUAAGCAUUUCAUGUUUCCUAAAAGUAAGAUGUGAGUGCAGUAUUAGUGUCCUGGAAGAAUGUGCAAAGCUAGUUAGAGCUUCCAGAAGAAAUACAUUCUUAGGACCAAGGCAAUCAGGUUAGGAGAACUGAAAUUCCAAGGACCUUCCUUCCUCCCACCUCCCAGGCACAAUAGCAUGGACAUACCUGGUUACAGCUUCACCCCCAAACCUCCUGCCUCUAAUUAGUGUAAGCAGGGCCUCUACUUUAAGGCUCUCAUUUGAGCCUAAGGUGUACGCGGGAAAAAGAGGGCCCACUGGUUAGGUCGCACAGGUAGCAGUGCUCUGGAAACAGCAAUUCCAGACUCAGUGCCAAAUAGCACCAUAUGCACCUGGGGCCAGGGCGGGGCUGACUGAACUCUUUGGGAAUGAUAACCAGCAGGUAGUUGGUGGUGACUGUGUGUGUGUGUGUGUAUGUGUGUGUCGGCAUGUGAUUACCAGUAGGGAGAAUGGAAAAUAAAAAUGCUUUCUGGAAAGUGUGAUGAGAAAGGGAGUAAAAAGAAAAAAAAAACAGAAAAUAGCAGGGACGGGAGAAGGAGCAUAAAACUAAAUCAAUCUAUAUCUGCUAUAUUUCAUCAACAAAAGACAGGGCAAGGCCAAGGCCAAGGUCUCCAAUUGGGAAAAGAAGGUCUUAUAGCUUUGAAAAGCUGAAACCCCACCCUCCCAUACCCACCGCAGUUUCUUAAGUGCUUUGCAGCUUUCUACUUAUUUCAACAGGAUCUCUAAAACCUACAACCUGACCCAAAUGAGAACACGAGAAGACCGAGAAACAGUAAAGCACAGGAGCCUCAACUUGUUCAGCGACUCUUGAAAUAUUUUAAGCAUUUUUGCAUUCCUUCUUCAUUCCCUCCAAAAAAAAAAAAAAAAAAGUCUUGAAUUCAAUUUAGACAUAUUUUGGCUGAGAUUAGAAUACCUCUGACUGAUAGGAUUUAAUAAAUUAUAGUAUCAUUGAAUAUAUAGAGUAUCUAUCUAGCCCAGUUUAGUCUUAUUUUUUUUAAUUUAAAAUAGUUCUGUUACCAAGAAUGAUGCAACUGGUGGUUUUAGACUUAACUAGUAUUAUUUACUAAACUUUGAGGCAUCAUUUUCCAAACUACAAUUGACUUACCCUCUUGAAAGUUGACUGUCAAGUUGUUUUUUGCCCUCUAUCAUCUCUCUUAUGUCAGGCACCUUUAGAUUGUCUGCAGUCUGUGCAAAGAGGUUGAGGAUUGGGCCCUGCUCACCUAGAGGUGGAAUGCAGAUGAGCUAUAGGGUUUCCCUGCCAACACGCUGCAAGCUGCCUUCACCUCGAACUAAAUAAACCUUCAAGGAGAUAAUGAUGAGGGAAGCAUGAUGUGUUCUGAAGCAUUAAAAAUCAGCUCUUCAAGAUGUUCCAUAGUUGAACCAAAUUUCUGUAGACUACUGGACAUAACCAAGCCAGAAGACUCCUUCUGGAUUAAGGCCAAGGUCCCACAAGGGGCAGCGGCAUAAGGUGAGAUAUUCUGUGUGUGCUGGAGAAGUGGCCCUUGUAGGAAGAAUGCACAUGUUUUCACCAUGUUGCCACUGUGUGAACAUAAUAUCUCCUGUACUCAGGCUCAGGGUAAGCUGCUCCAAACAUGGUUUUGUACUGUAUACACAGGCAGUAAAACAGUUGCUAAUUCUAAGGGGCAGCCAGUGAUGUGAAGGUACUAUUAAAGUAGACCAAAAACAACAACAACAAAAAGAUAAUAGAUAACGAUGUUCUUUUCUUGCUUGAAGUAUAACAUAUGCCCCAUUUGGCCCUUCCCAAAAGAAGCUAACAUUAUGAGAGCAAGUCUUCAUCAAGCUAAGUAGCAAUUAAGAACAGCUUGAAUGAAAGCUUUAUAAAGGCCUGUGUACCAACCCUCCAAUUGUCACCACCCAGAGGUUACGGCAUUCUUUCCCAGUAUUUAGGAGAACAGGUACUUUAGAAUAUUUAGAAGACCAGGCUAUAAUCAGUAGGUGCCCAGGAGCAGGAAAUAGUUCCCAGUUUAUUUAUAGCCUUGAAAAAACUCCAUCAGGUGUAUCCUUGUAGCUCAGAAUACUAAUAUACCCCAUGAAAAGUGUCACAGCAAGCUCAAAACCCAACAACGUACAGCCACUCGGCUUCUGACCUGACCAUUAGGUCAUCCAAGCCUCAAAAUGAUGUGUUGGCCUCAAGUUACUCAAGAUAUUUUAAAGAGCUCUGUUUUUGUCCCUUUUUGCAGUAGAGAGAUGAAAGGGAGUAGACCACCGAACACUUUCAGAUGAAGGCGAAUUCAGUCCUCCACAAGGAGAGGAACACAUCAUCUCAUGAACCCAGUGUCACUGGGCUGCAGCCAUAUCACUCUUGGUAUAAUACUGCUUCCCCACAAUAUCACAUCCCUGGAUGAAAGGCAAGCUCAAAAUCAGGAGUAUUUUCUUAAAUAGAAUAACCACAAAAAUUGGGGAAAAUAUUACUGUGAUGCUCCUGAUUCUUAGAUUAUUAGAUCUAUUUGCAUUGAUACCACAGUACAUCACGGAGCAAAGAUCUUAAAAUCAAGAGCAUGGGGAGAGCCACAGACCCAAUGGUACCCUGUGGAGGAAACUCUUUGCACACCUACUGAUAGAAGAAAUUUGAGACUUCACUAGAGCUUUAUUUUUGCCACCACUAAACAACAUUGAAACAUGAUUCAUUAUUCCUUCCAAAGAUUUAUGAACUUCUUAAAUCGAAUCUAUCUUAUGGAGGAAAUCCAUCUGAUAACUUUUGGAGUUGCCAGGAAUAAGGUUGUUAUGCACAGAGAUCAAGCCUUUAAAGAGUGUUUAUUCCCUAACCUGUAACCACAGCAUUCAUUUUCUUUGGAGGAACACUUAGCAUUUCAGAGGGAUAAAGAGAUCUGGAGAGUUUGGUGUGGUUAGGGAUGUGUAUCUGUAAAAUUCCCCUCAGCAUUAAACUCUGACAUCUGCAAUGAGAGGGCUUCAAAUUGGUGCUAAGUUAGGUAGACACCCUACUGCUUCCUGAGUCCACGAGCAACAGAAAGUCCAAAAGGACUUAGUGCAAUUAGGCAGGAGGGAGCUGGAUUCAGAAACAGUCCACGAUCCUAUUCCCCUGUACUCCCCAUUCACACCAACUUAAAUGGAAAUGAUGCCACAGUAAGACCAGUAAGAGGAGUCUCCCUAAGAUAUGCCUACAAAGUCACCGUUCUGAUAAAAAGGAGAAUGAAAGUUCACUAUCUAAAAUAAGCCUAUAAGCUCAUAUGCAGCUACGACUUCUAAGUGAAACUCUUUCUCCCUCAUGUCUUUGAAUAGCAAUAGAAUCACACACAGCCUGACUUUUAAAGUCAGACUUAACUACAAGCCCAGAGUGGGAGUGAACUAACCAAGGCUGUCUCCUGACUCAGCUCUUUCAGACAGUGUUAUGUUCCCACCACGAUGACUGCAAUGCUGUUUACUACUGGAACAUCAAAACCAACCUACUGUCUAUACAAUCACUUUUUCUAGCGUUUCCCUGUACUUAGGUGAUACCAAGUCUGUUCAUAAGUUUUGAAUAUAAAUUAUGUGAGAUCAUAUUUUGGCAUAUGGGGGUGGAGAAUGAAUUCUUUACAGACUUUUUAGGAUGAUCCCAUUUGUACCACAGAAAACAUUUUGGAUAUUGUUAUAUAUGAAUAUAUAAAUUUUUCUUGGUUAUUUUGCAUUAAAAUAAAGCUUUAUUCAGUCAGU